AUGCCCGCUCCAUCAGAUUGCAUAAAGUUCGGCAUCAGCCGCCUGGUGGAAAAGUUCAACGACAGCCGUUCGGCUUACGACACAUCGUAUGCUGCGAACAACAACAACAACAUCACCAAGAGCCUCAAUGUACCGGAUAUCGACAACCGACGUGGAGGCGCCGACGACGACGACGACGAACGAGAAGUGAAGAGCGGCCGAUGCGCGAGGGAGUCAGCSCGGAAGAUAUGGUCACCGGUGAGGAGUUCGCCAUCGCCGUCCUCGUCGUCUGAACUGGACGUGGAGAGCCGGUUGGCGUCGCCGGACAUCGACGUGACCAAAUGCGGUACCACUCCGCCACCAACAGUGCAACCACCUCAGCCCAUCGUAUCUACGGUGCAGGUGACUGCAGCCGGCAAGCCACCGGUAACCGCCAAGAACUCGGAGGCGUUCAGCGUUAGUGCGCUGCUCAAACCGGACGCACCCCGCACCGUCAGACAUCCGUUCAAUCACCAUCACCACCAUCAUAACCAGCAACAACAUCACCAACAGCACCACCACCAACAGCAGCAGCAACAGCAGCCGGCCAUGACAGCCGUCGAUACCAUAUCGGUCACGAGAUCGCUGUUGUACCCUGCCGUCCAGUUCCCGGACCUGAUCAAAGACACACGGAAGGAAGUGCACUUGCACCCGUCCGCGGCCAACACGCUGCUUCAGAAACACUUUUCCGGUUUCAGUUUUCACCCACACUUCUAUUCGGCCGCCAACAUGCUGAACCCAUCCAACGGUUCACCCGAGCACGGCGCCAAUGGCGGCGGCAGUGGCGGCAGUGGCGACCCGCACACUGACAACAAUCACAACUUGCUCACCAGCUCGCUGUAUCUGAGUCUAGGCGCCGUCCAGGCGGCGGCCGCUGCAGCUUUUGUCCAUCCCCUGUCCACAACAGGCAUGAGUUCGCCGGCGGCCAAUCCGUUCCACUCGUCGGGUCAACAGCAGACUUCCGGUGGCGUGGUGAUACCGCAUCCGUCGGCCGAGGACAUGAUGAAGCUGCGGCAACAGUUCGCGCCCGGCGCCAAUCAGCCGCUGGCCGCGGCCCCACCGACGGACCCCGGCGGCCACAUGCGACACCACCACAUGUUGAUGAGGGGCUCCGUCUUCGGCGACGUUUACUCGUGCAUCAAGUGCGACAAAAUGUUCCCGACGUCGCACGGUCUGGAGGUGCACUCUCGGAGGUCGCACAACGGCAAGAGACCGUUCUCGUGCGAGCUGUGCAACAAAUCAUUCGGCGCCGAGAUAAGCCUGAACCAACACCGGUGGCUCUGUUGCCGUCGAUCGGCGCACAACGUAGAAAAACUGUUUGAAUGCAAACAGUGUGGUAAAACUUUCAAAAGGUCGUCCACUCUUUCUACGCACUUGCUGAUCCACUCAGACACGCGACCAUAUCCCUGUCAGUUUUGCGGCAAACGGUUUCAUCAGAAAUCCGACAUGAAGAAGCACACGUACAUACACACAGGCCAAUAUCCUAAAUGA